AUGUUGCGACUGCUCAUCAAACUUGUCGACGAGUUCGGCGUUACUGUAGUGAUAAUGAAUCAGGUAGUUGCCCAAGUUGAUGGAAGUGCAAUGUUCCAAAUGGAUGCUGAGAAAAGUAUAAGAAGAAACAUCAUUGUUCACAUGAGCACAACAAGGCUGGGUUGCGUAAAGGUCGAGGCGACACGAGGAUUUGCAAAUUAUGAAGUCCUAGCCUACCGAAUCAGAAGCAACCUUUGCCAUCACCACCAACGGGACAGAGAUGCUCCUGAAUGA